GGCGGCGGCCCGCGGCAGCAGCGGGGCGCGAUGCCCGAUGCCCGCCCGGGGCUGACCGGGCGGCAGCGCUGCCGUGAGCGGAGCCCGGCGCCUCGCCCAGGGAGCUCUGCCGUCCCGCAGUGAGCGCUCUGCGCCGAGUGUCUCUCGUCCCCUGCAGCACGCUGCCAGCUGGUACCUCCCUCCUUUCUGAAGCGUAACUGAGGAGGGGGUGGAAGGCAGAGGAAGUUUGGUGCUCAGUUUUUUUUCUGUAGGCUCUGGAGCGGGAUUCCCUUUGCGUGGCAGCGCGGAGGGCUGCAGGACAGGAGGGGAAGGGGCGCAGCCGGGAGCCGGGGCUGUGCGGAGCCGUGCCCCGCCGCCGCCGCCGUGUACCUGCGGCGCUGGAUGCGAGCUCCGCGCAGCUCCGCCGAGCGUAGCGGCAGCGGCGCGGCAGAUGCAGAUGCGUGCGUGUGUGUAUGCUUAACCCUUUCUUGGCUCCUCGGAUUUGUACCAUGCUGAAGAUCCUCACCAAAAAGCUCAGGAACCAGAGUUUGAAUGAAAUUCAACCUUUCCAGCUAAAGAUCUCCUAUCCCCUAAGUGAUGAGGACAGCGAUGACUCUGAGGGAGAGAACCAGGAACUUGCUCAGAUCGACAGAGAGAGAAGACGGAAUUGUACCCUGACUCCUCUGGCCACCAACCAGCUCCAGAACCAGGAGAGCCAAUGCUGCAAGGUUCGGGCCCUCUUCCAUGCCAGCCUUGACCGGCACAGCUCGGAGGAGGAGCUGGAGCGCAUCAACCGGGAGUUUGCGGCGGAGAAGCGGAAGUGGUCGCAGGUCAGCCGGCUCACCUGCUGCAGCGACGGCAACAACGCCUCCUCCAGCGACGAGGAAGUGAAGAACUUGUGCGCCAUGUCCUUCCGGCCCGUGGCAGAGCAGGCCGAUGGCCUCCAGGCCAGCCCCAGCCCCGUGCUGUUCAGUGCCUCCCCUCCCAAGAGACUGCAGCCCCUGGUGCGGAGCCCGGCCUCCGGGCCUUUAAUCUUCACCAGCGUCGGGGCGGGCCUUGAGCAGGUCAUGCCUUGUAAGAGACAUCGACAGGGAUAUGGGGAUAAGGUCAGCAGGCCCAGCCUUGACCUGGAAAAAAUGCAGCAGAAGAUGCUGCUCAAGAAGAAUUGUGGAGCGAAGACUAGAGUAAUUAAAAUUCGUAGCACCAACGGAGGCCGCCCGCCACCCCACUUUCUGUACGAUCCCUCCACUUUUGCCUUCCGUUCCCUCAGCACCUUGAAGCCGCUGAGCCCCAUAGCUCCAGUGGAAGAACCGUCAUGUGCCUACUGAAGGAGUUUCUCCAAAAAACCUCAGGAACUAUCACCCAGUGUCCUGCCUGGCAGGGAGAAGGGGAGGUGGUGAUACCCAAGGGGAGGGGUGGGAGAAGAAGGGGCAAUGAGACGCCUUUGCAACGCAGCUGCUCUGGCAGGAGGAAGCGAAUGGCUUGGCAGCAGUGCCUGUUUGCAUACCACUGAUGGAGCUGAGCAGUGGCACAGGGAGUGAGUUUUGUCUCUCAGGGCAAAGCAAACCAGUCAGGUGCACAAACUGCAAGAACUGCCACCAAGGCAGUGUCAAACGUGAGGAUGGUGGCGACUGAAGAUAUCCAGGAGGUGUUCAGGGGUUGGUGUGACCUGCAUGGCAGCAGGGUUGAGUGAUCAAGCUGUGAAACCAAAUCCAGUCAGUUUCCCAAGGAUACCUGGGUCUACAGUGCUUUGCUAUAGACCUGACACUUCUCCCACUCAGAAGUGAGCUCAGGAUUGGAGAAAGAGGCUAUACAGAGCUGCUUGCAAAACAAGAAGAUCCCUCUCUGAGAUUCUUAUAAUUGCAUUCACAUCAAGCUCUCUCAAGUGGAAAACCUGGGGACAGGGAGGUGUGUGGAGGAGUAACUGGCACAUUUAGCUGUGCAUUCCAGAUGAUCUGCUGGCAGUUCAGUGAUACUGCCCAAAAAGAGAUUGAAAUGGGAGAGUGAGACAUCCAUAUGUAGAUCUGGGGUUAGAAUAAAAUUUUAGAAUUGGAAGGUCUGUGUUGAGCCACCCAGGAAAAUGCAGCACCCACCUUCAGUCCUCUCAGCAUCACCAAAGAGAAGAACUUGGGGGUGACUGUGUGCUCAUGGAUCUCCUCUCUGCUGAGGCAGUGUGUGUUCUGGGGUAUGUCACACUUCUCCAUACAUUUGUCCCACUAACAUGAUGGUGGAGGUA